AUUCAUAAAAAUAACCGGGUCGGGCAUCAGGCGAAACGCGUUGGAGGAGGUACUUGGGACACUGACCAUACAAGCGCGUGUUCGCACGCCCCUACCCCGAACCUGCUGACGAGGUGCAUAGUAACCUGUUCCUCGUAUACAUAUGAGCAUCUGGGCUUUGCAUUCUGGCGCUGGGAAGCUCAAGACAGCCAUUGAGCAUCGUCAGGCGUGGUACACAAGAGCAACGCUUGGUUGCCAAGUAUCACCAGAAUGAGUAUGGCAUCGUAGAAGCGCCCUCGCACCAACAGCGUUGCGACUCCACACCUGACCAAUACGGCCACCAGCGUGAGCUGCGACAAAAUGGCCUUGCGCAAUAUGUACGCAACGAUCGCCGUAUUGGCUGUCUUCGCGGCUGUCGCGAGGGGCCAAUGCCCAGCGGCCCCGGAGGUCACUAGUGAUGCCAUCGCAACGACCUGCACAUCCGCUGCAAGCCGCGCUAUCGGCUGCAGCAUGUUUGCUCUCUGCGGCAACUCGUCGCUGACGCCACCGAUAUUCUCCGCGCUAUGUUCGACGUGGCGGAUUGCGAGCAGCUUGUGCUCGGACGAUACGGACGUGGUCGCCUCCGCCAGCGAGCUGUGCAGCGGCAUUCGCGCCGCCUACGCGGAUGAUGCGCAGUACAGGUCGUGUCUGCAGCCGUACACAGGCAUCCGCAGCACCAGCAAAGUGCUUGCCGACACACUGGGGGCGUGUGCGGACAUGAACGGAGAGCCCAUGGGUGGCUGCGACACGUGUACUUCCGCCACCGCCUGUGCCAACCCGCUAGUGUCUUACACGGACGGCUGUAUCGACAUGGACAUGGGCCAGUGUACGAACUGGAGGUCCUUCUGCAACAGCGAUGCGGCGCCCACCGGUGCCGCCGCAGCCGUGCUAUGCCGCCGGCCUGGUCCCGCACGCAACAGUGUUGUUGCGCCUCCCCGACCUCCCUCGCCGCCGCCCAGAUCGCCGCCCCCGCUGGUCGUGUCUGCGUCACCGCCGCCUCCCGAACCCUCCUCAUCGUCUCCCGUGCCUUCGCCCAGCCCGGCCCUUGUCGACCCCACGGCAGCUAGCCCACCACCGGCAGCGGUUGUUGUCCCGGCGUCACCUGCCCCUUCGCUGGCCCCUUCUCCUGCCCCAGCCCCUUCCCCCUCACCAUCGGGCACGCUCCAGUCAGACGGCAGCGGCAGCGGCGACUCCUCCACUCCGGCCGCAUCGCCGCCGCCGUCGACCUCGCUGGCGGUUGUGUGUGUGGCGGACGGCACGAACCCUAUGUGUGUGAGCUACGUCUACCCGAAUACCUCCGUCGCCGCCGACCUGCUAAACUUGUGCGCCGCCAUGCCGUACAUGCCCGGCUGCAGCAUUCGCGACGCCUGCCGGGUGGGCACAGUCACGGGCGACUUCUGCCGGCCCAUGACGCUGCUGGCGAGCAUCUGCCUCGACAUGCCCACCAUGGGCGGCUGCAAGUCGUACCGGGGGCUGUGCGGGAACGGCACCGUGGUGCAGCAGUGCCGGGACUUCCCAGCCAUACCCGGGCUGCCCACCACCAAGGAGGCCCAGGCCUCGGUGGACGCCAUGUGCGCUAGUAUGUACAUGGAGCGAUGCGACAGCUGCAACCAGGUGUCGUGCGACAACUACAUCGAUGCCAUGUCGUCCAUGUGUACGGACAUGCCGUACAUGGAGGGCUGCCCCACGUGGGCCGACUGGUGCAAAGCCGCGGCGGGCUGGGAGGGCGCGGCACCCGGUAACAGCAUGGCGGGCUUCUGCGCCGGCGCCUCGGCCUACGGCGGCAGCAGCGGCAGCGGCAUCCCCUCCAUGCUCAUGUUCUUCCACCAGCGCACCAAGGAGCUGCUGCUGUUCCGGGAGUGGAUGCCCACAAACGAGGGCCAGGCGGUGGCUAGCUUCAUCGCUAUCAGCGCGAUGGGCGUGGCGGCUGUGGGCCUGCGCACCGCCAACAGCAUUCUGCAGACUGCGGCGGCGGCGGGCCGGCUGGGGCCGCGACUGGCGCCCGGCUCGGCUGCGGGCGGCCCCUGGUGGCUGCCCAGUGGCAGCCAGGCGCUGCUGAACCUCAUCUCCUCGGGCUUGUCACUGCUGGUGACCACCCUGGACCUGUUCACCAUGCUCAUCGCCAUGACCUUCAACGGCGCCUACUUCGCCGCAGUGGUGCUGGGCUACAUGCUGGGGGCGCUAUUCCUGGGCCACCUGCGGGACGCCUACGCACGCCACAUCGGCCGCCCGCCCUCCGCAGCCGACGCCGGCGCGGCGGCGGAGCUGGGGCAGGGCUGCUGCGCCGGCGCGCCCGGUGCGACGGGGCUGCUUGCGGGGCUGGACUCGAGUGACGAGUCACUGUCAGGCCGACCGGCCGCUCAGGCCGCAGCGCCUGGUAAGGCCGGGCGGGCUGCCAACCAGCUGCAGUCGUCGCAGCAGCAUCCCGGCGGUGAGGUGGCGCUGUCGGGUGCCGGCGUGGCAUACGGGCGGCCAGUGGUCGAGAGCACCACGCCGGCGGCCGAGGGAUGCGAUGGCAGCGUCCGUGCUACCGGGCUUGCGGCGGCGUCAUCCGAGAAGCCGGGCGCUGUUGGCGGCCCGCUUCCUAUAGCGCCGCCGCAGCAGCUUGGCAGCGGCUACGGCCACGUGCCCCAGCACCAACAGCCUUUCCACAAGCAGCAGGACGCCCUGCACCACAAGCUGCACGCCGAUCACCUCGCGCAGUCUCAAGGUUACGCAGUUCAGCGUCACGACAACGGACUGAGCAUGGGCAGCAGCGCCGACAGCGCGUAAAAGACGCCUGUCGUGUAGACAGCUACGAACCCAACUACCAAUGCAUAGCGCUGUUAUUUCCUAGGGUUAUUCAAACUGGGUAGUGCGAGCAAGUGGUCAUAACUGAUGGUUAGUAUGUUCUGCAUCUGGCUCGGAACAAUGACAAGUCGAAGCAUUCGACAACCACCAUCAAUGGAUACCGGUGGGCCAACCAUUAGUGCUGGGGCUGCAUGGCGCGAAGGCUUGUGAGUCUUGUCAUGUGCCACCAAACCUCAACUGCGGCUGAUGUUGAUACAGCGUUUGACGAAGGUGGGAUAGAUAGAGGCGCUUCCCACAGUGUGGCUUAUGGGUUACGGUGGUUGCGAGGGGAGGCCAAAGGUCAACCCUUCACGUGAUGGAGGUGGGAUGUGGUAGGCGAGGUGGGCAGAAGAUAAAUGGGAUUGAGUACUGAGUAGCCUCCUAGUCCGCACCACGACACUGGUAUGUGUGCGUUGCGCUUUCUCUGUGAUUGCGCGUGCGAACAUGAUGCAAGCACCUGAUGAUAUGGAGGUAUUGGGACUGUCUUCCUAUGUUUGCUUCCGGUGUUGACGGGCUACGAUGUGGUUAGUAAAAUCAAGUACCGUAUUACCGUACUGUGUUGCGCAUCGUGUCCUCAGGAUAAGUUUGGGAGAUGCGCGGAUGGGGUGAAUCAGGAAGUGGGCAUGUACCGUACUUGGUAUCCGGGGAGCCAAAUGUUUGUGAGCCGGAUUUCGGGCACCGGGGGUGCCAUUUGCUGGGCACUGCACAAUAGCAUGGUGUGUCUCAUGACACCAGUGACCAGUGUCAGGAAUGCAGGAGGUCCGGGCCGGACUAAGCACACACCUUCCGUGGGUGUGAUGCCGCAAAUUUGCAGAUGUAACACGAACUAACG